AUGGCGAAGUGGUCACUUCUUUGGCCUUUGACUUUCGGCGUCGCCAGCGCGCGAAGUUCUGAACCCACUGCGUUCUGUAGUGAUGACAUCGCUUAUCUUCAAACCAAGGCCAGCCAGGCAAUCUGUGACCCGGAUGUCCUUAACUCUGGUCGAUGUGUUGGUGACGGCGCUUGCUUCGGCUGUGUGCCUGCCUCGGACGGCCAGAAGAUUCCCACCGACGACAUCAACGGCUUUCCGACCGGCUUCCUCCUGUGCGAAAACAACCCAGCUGUCUUGGACGCGCCGACGUGUACCAUCUCCAGGGAAUCUCCGUUCGCCUACAGCUUUCAGAACCCCAAGAACUACUUGCAGUGCACCGGCAGUUCAGCUUGUUACAAUUGGCGCGUCAAAGACUUUGCAGCUCUCUGCUGUGAUGGCAAUUCCGCAUGCCGGACGGAUGAGGGAGCGCAGGUGACCAACGAAGCCAACUUCGCCCUGACGUCGGGCAAUCCCAACUGUCCUCCGGAUGUUUGCUGCCGAGGCAUCCGCGCCUGCAGUUUCCUGACCAACAUUUCAGGAGUUAGCUCAGCUGCCUGUAGCAGUUCUAACGCUUGCGAGCAGGUCACCAUGUUUUUGUCCAGGGACCUGUUCUGCUCGCGGCGCGACGCUUGCAAACGGGGCAUUUUCCGCUUCUCAGCGGCCGGCACCGGACCUUCAAAGCACUGCGUCCAGUGCCUCGGCUCAGCCUGCAAGGGUAGCCAGAUGUCCUUUACUGCCGGCAAUGUCGAGUUGCAAUGUCCCGGCCGCAACACUUGUAUCACUCCCAAUAUCUCUUUGAGUCGAUCGUCCUGCAUCCAUAUCAAGUGCGAUGUGCUCAGUUGCUUCGACAUGAGCGUCGUCGAUGACGACUCCAGCGGCUCUCGCUGUUUCUGCAGUGGCGCUGGCUGCACCAAUCUGGUGGGACCACUGACGUGCGAAACGCCGUUGACGGUAAGCCCAUGUGGUCAGGACAUCUGCAAGGAGGACAGAAGUCCACGUGCCUUUUGCGACAGAGGGCUCCGAGAUCCUCCAGAUUGCUCAGCGUGCGCCUCUGGUGGAGGUGUGGUUGGCGAUCCUCAUAUUACUACGCUGGAUGGUCGACGCUACACGAUGCUGCAGCAAGGGAACUUUUUGCUAUGGAGCUUUUCAGGUUUGGAUGCAGAAGUUCCAUGGGUGAAUGGCCAAAUGAAGCGAAUUCCGCUCGAUUUCCGAAUCUAUACCCACUACUCAGGUCGAGCGUCCUUCACGAAAGGCAUUCUGUUGGUCGACCGCUCUGGAGCAGCACCUCGCCAGGCCUUGGAAGUCACGUCUUUGGACUGCGCUUGGAAGACCAAAAGCACCGGCAGCUGGCGCCGAAGCGAGACGGAAUUUCUGAAGCUGGAAGCUGCGGGAGCAACCUUCGGAGCUUUCAACGUCACCGCUGGAAAGGCGUGGCACGAGCGACAGCAGCGACAGGACCUUGGACGAAUUGAACGUUCCGAGGUGCAGCUUUUGAUGCGACAGAAGGGAUGGACCAGAAUUGCGCAGCUGCGGGUCACUUGCAAGCCAGGUCAUCACAUUGCCGCCAAGCUGAAGAUGUCCAGUACGGCGCAGAAUCGCUUCGUGAAAGGAGAACUGGCUCCUAGCGGCCACUCCACUCUCGUGGCAGGUUUGAAGGGUGGACGACUGGCUUUUGUGGCGAAAGACACAGAGUUUGCGGCGGACAGCUGGAGGGACUUGGGUGGAAGCCAGGAGACGGCAACGUACUUGGCAUCGACAGGAGCUGAAGGAUGGGAAUUUCUCUCGCGCUGCGAAGGGCCAGAGGAGACCGCAGCUCUUGCAGUUUGCCAAAAGCACUGGGCUCUGGCCAAAGCUGGAGAUUCGUCGAAAUUCGUGGGUUCUCGGAACGAGGUUGAGCAGAAGGCCAAUUUCUUGGCUGAUUGUGCUUUUGACGUUUGUGCUGGUGGUGAAACUGCCGCCCAGCUUGCAGCAGAUCUGCUGAACUUUGAAUAGGCCAUGGCUGCAGGCCUUGUAGAAAGGCUCUGGGUCUCCUGGAAACGCAUGGAAGCACUGAGGCACAUGCGUCCUUGAGCCGUGUGCUUAUCAAUUAUUACCCACUGAAUUCGUGAGUUGGAAGCAAUUGCGCGUGAUAUAUCAUCUGCGUUGACUUCAGCCAAGAGCGCAGAUCAACGCAGAUGACGUGGCUGCUGUGACUGCUUCUCCCUCCGCGCCAGAAUCUUUGAGU